CGUACCUACUAACCUACCCGACUUGUUUACGUAGCGCCUUCCCGCAUUACUGACGAAGCUCACCUGCAGCCUUGCAACGCAAAAAAAAUAAAAAACACCGUGACUUGGGGAGGGGUCUUGUCAUCUCAUUCAUAACUCGGGUUCUACUUGGGAAAAAAAAACAACCAUUCCAACCGUCCGUAUAGCUAAGUGACCCAGCAGCAUCGCUUCUUUGGGUCUCACUCACAAAGAUGGCCUCAACAUCGAUAACGCCACUCAUCAGCUUCAAGGCGGGCAAAUGUGAUCUUGACACUUCUGCAAAGCCGUAUAAAACCACGCCUUUACCGGAACCUGGCUUCAUAUACCUGUAUCUUGAAGAUGAUCUUAUUCACUUCUGCUGGCGGGAGCGGAACGCCCCUCUACACGAGCCCGAGAUAGACCUCGUCAUGGUUCCAGCAGAUGGCCACUUUGUUCCCUACGAGGCGCCUAGCGGGCGUCGACCCUAUACGAACGGCCGAAUCUUUGUUCUCAAAUUCCUUUCGUCAUCAACGCGCUAUCUUUUCUGGCUACAGUCAAAACCCCAAGGCACUCGAGGCAGCCAAGACCCGAGCUAUCUGAGCCCUCGAGAUCGGAAAAUCGGCGAGAUCGUUGAUGCUAUGCUACAAGGCGAGGAGGUUGAUGUUGUCGCAGAGCUACGUCAGAUUAGGGAAGAUGGGCGUGGUGAUGAUGAUGAUGAUACGGCUAUGGAAGACUCACAAGCCCACGGAAGCUCAAAUGAACCCCACGGCGGUAGUGGGGGUGCCGGAGCCGAUGCUACGGGUGGUGAUGUACGAGAAGAAGGCGAAGAUGCUCGGGAAGGUGGAGCGGAUGGAGCCAGAGCUGCUGCCUCUGGGGUUCCUGAUGCCGCCACGGCCGUUAGGAAUUUCCUGGAUUCAUUGAAAGGAGGCGGCCGUGCAUCAGUAAAUCAGGGAGAGGGUAAGCUUUAUCCUCUUUUGUCGGACCUUCUCACGCCACCUACAACUGUACCCAUGGCACGAACGGCAACGGAACAACGAAUAGACACACUUCUAGGUUUUCUUCCACCUGCAGUACUCGUACUUUCGCAGCAGAGCGACCAUGGAGAUAGUACUGCCGAACCAACUGCGGGUGCAGUCGAAGCUGCCAAGGCUGCCAUGAGCCUCGGUCAGAAGAAGGCGCUGGUCGAGAAAGUGCUAAGAAGCCCUCAAUUCCAUCAAAGCUUAACUAGCCUUACAAUGGCCCUCCGAGACGGCGGUUUGCCCACCGUGGCUGAUGCACUUUCGAUCAAGGUCGAGAACGGUGGUUACAUGAGAGGAAGUCAGAUGCCUUUGGGAGGUGGGGACGCCGUCGAGGCUUUCGUUGAGGGUGUUAAAAAGACGGUACAAGGAAAAAAGUAGAUAGCGAUGUUAUUAGUGUAUGAUUAUGAUUAAAAUGCAGUUGACAGUAUCUCCGAGUCGUGAU